AUGUUGGUUCUGUUCGAGACGGCCGCGGGCCACGCGCUGUUCAAGGUGCAGGAUGAGGCCAAGCUGGCCAACGCCGACGACGUGUUCAAGCACUUCGCCACGCCCGAGAAGGCGGCCAAGGUGCUGAAGCUCAAGGGCUUCAAUGCCUUCAAGGACACGACCGAGGCCGUGGCCGCCGCCACCGACAUGGUGGACGGCAAGAUGGGCAAGACGCUCAAGAAGUUCCUCAAGAAGAACGUGGUGGACGCCGGCCUCAAGGACAAGCUGGCCGUGUCGGACAAGGCGCUCGGCUCGCUCAUCAAGGACAAGCUCAGCAUCUCGUGCGUCAACGACAGCGCCGUGAACGAGGUCAUGCGCGGCAUCCGCGCCAACAUGGACACGCUCAUCACGGGCCUGGAGGACGACGACCUCAAGGCCAUGACGCUCGGCCUGUCGCACUCGCUCUCGCGCUACAAACUCAAGUUCAGCGCCGACAAGGUGGACACGAUGAUCGUGCAGGCCAUCGGUCUGCUGGACGAGCUGGACAAGGAGAUCAACACGUACUCGAUGCGCGUGCGCGAGUGGUUCGGCUGGCACUUCCCCGAGAUGGGCAAGAUCGUCACGGACAACCUGCAGUACGCCAAGUGCGUGCUCAAGAUGGGCGUGCGCUCCAAGGUCAAGAGCCUCGACUUCUCGGACAUCCUGUCGGAGGACGUGGAGGCCUCCAUGCGCGAGGUGUGCGAGGUGUCCAUGGGCACGGACAUCUCGGAGGAGGACGUGACCAACAUCUCGGCCCUGUGUGAGCAGGUCAUCUCCCUCACGGAGUACCGCGCGCAGCUCUUCGACUACCUCAAGAACCGCAUGAACGCCAUCGCCCCCAACCUCACGGUCAUGGUGGGCGAGCUCGUGGGCGCUCGUCUCAUCGCCCACGCCGGCAGCCUCAUGAACCUGGCCAAGCACCCGGCCUCGACUGUGCAGAUCCUCGGUGCCGAGAAGGCGCUGUUCCGUGCUCUCAAGACCAAGCACGACACCCCCAAGUACGGUCUCAUCUACCACGCCUCGCUGAUCGGCCAGACCGCCCCCAAGCACAAGGGUAAGAUCUCGCGUGUGCUGGCUGCCAAGACGGCGCUGGCCGUGCGCGUGGACGCCCUGGGCGACGCCACGGAGGCCACCAUCGGCUUCGACAACCGCGCCAAGGUGGAGGCCCGCGUGCGGCAGCUGGAGAACGGCUUCUCGGGCAUCCCCAACAGCAACGGCAAGACCAAGAACGAGGCCAAGAAGUACGUCAAGACGGAGACCAGCAAGUCGUACAAUGCCGACGCCGACAUGACCGUGUCCAGCAGCAAGAAGCGCAAGGCCGAGGACGCCGACGAGGAGGAGGAGCCCAAGGUCAAGAAGGAGAAGAAGGAAAAGAAGGAGAAAAAGGAGAAAAAGGAGAAGAAGGAGAAGAAGGAGAAGAAGCACAAGAAGAAGAAGAGCGCCGAGGAAUAG